AUGCCUUCUCCAAAAUCCAAGGGAUCCCCUAAGAGCAAGCGAUCACCAGAAAAAUCACCCAAAGGUACUAAGGCUCCGAAACCAAAUGAUGAAGAGGCCGAAAAGCCAUUUAUCUUUGUUCCUCCGCCACGACCUCCUACACCACCAAAUCCUCCAAAAGGCCCAGUCUUGUCAAGACUGCGCAGGCAGGUCUGGUAUCCGUAUGCUAACCGGAUGAGUUUUGAACGUAAAGAAUGGUUUUGGUCACCUUAUUGUCCUGUUAUUACUAGCUGGGGUGAUGUGUGGGUGACAGAUCCACCCCAGAGAAGAAUACUCCGGUACUACUUUGACCCGGUCAGUGCUAGGAUUUCUGCAUGUUCACCCAACGUGACAGUACGGGGAGAGCCACGAAUGAUGAUAGAGGUGCCGAAGACAGGCAGGAUGGCUGUGCUUGUCACGUGUCCAAAGGCAAAGAAAACCACACUGACGUUGUACGAUCCGGUGGAAGUGAAAGAAGAAAAGAGAAUUGACUUCAGUUACGAAACUAUCCCACCUCCACCACCACCCACUGCGCGCCCAGCAGACGAAGCCGAUCGGUAUUUAUUUUCACUGGAAGAUGAUUCAAGUCCCGUUGGCUUAUGUGCCAAUGAAGACAUUCUCUUCGUUCUCUUCCAACCAAUGCAACGACUCAGGUUGUACGACCCAGUCUACUUGAAGCCAAUCGAAGUGAGGCUCGAAAAUGCAUACCCAGAUGAGAGUACAUGCAUUCACUUGGCCUCCUCAGGUGGGUGUUGUGCCAGUAGCGAAAAAUUAUUCGUCGCUGCUACCCGACCUCCACGAGUGCAAGUAUUUUGGAUCUGUCGCCAAACCCUACUCUCUAGGCUGGACCGUGUUGAUUUGACUUGGUAUGCCGAGUUGGGACUAGAUCGUUUGUCAAUAGGAGAGCCAUUCGGAGUGCAAGUCGAUUCGCUUGGGAUGCUCGUCGUUUCGGACUCGCGUAGUGGAUACCUUCGAGUAUAUAGUACUGGAGACCAACGCCCACCUGGACCGUGGCAACCAUCUCUUCCCCACGGUGAAACAUGUUACUUUGGGAGUUGGAAAAUUGAUGCAUAUCAGCCUGUUCGUCCUGGUCACUUUAGUUUGGGCAAAAACGGCACUGCAUGUGUGGUUGAUCGUUGGGCCAACAAAAUCCAUUUGAUAUGUGAUCGCACGGAAUUACGCUGGUAUGACGAAACGCUACUGGCACUGGAUGACGCACUUUUUGUGCGUCCAGUGGUCGAUCCUCUGAUGCCAAUGAACGGCCUUCCACCGGCACCUGUACUCGACCCGUUUGUGGCUGGUGACUAUCGCAGAGCAGCUAGCGAAAUGUCCAUUGUGGUUCCUGAUGAUGUGUUGUUGCCGCAGUGGCUGGUGGAAAGAUAUCAAAAAAUGGAGACACCAGUUCAGGCCGUUUCUCCAAAAUCCUCCCCCAACAAAGCAAAAAGUUCACCGAAAGGAAAAAGUUCACCGAAAGGAAAAAGUCCCAAAUCGAAGUCAUCCAAGUCAAAUUCCGGCAAGAGUAAAAAAAGCUAG